AUGGAGUGUGGAAAGAAAGGAGACAGCUGUGCACAUGUUCUGCGUAAAGUUGGGAUGCUUAAGUUUAGAUUGGAAAUCUAUAAUUUAGUGGAGCUUAAAGUUGAAGGAGAUGGUAACUGUCAGUUCGGUGCUCUAUCUGAUCAAUUUUAUCGAACUCCUAAGCAUCAUGAGUUUGUGAGACAGCAAGUUGUAAAUCAGCUUGAGUCUUAUCCAGAUAUAUAUGAGGGCUAUGUUCCCAUGGCAUAUGGUGAUUAUCUGGAGAAGAUGUCCAGGAAUGGUGAAUGGGGUGAUCAUGUCACUUUGCAGGCUGCUGCAGAUUCGUAUGGUGUUAAAAUAUUUGUCAUAACAUCUUUCAAGGACACUUGUUACAUUGAGAUUCUUCCAAAUGCCCGAAAGUCAAAACGAGUUAUUUUUUUGAGCUUUUGGGCAGAGGUGCACUACAACUCAGUAUAUCCUUUUGGAGAUGUGCCUGCAUUUGGGACUAAGAAGAAGAAAAGGUGGCGAAUGUUGCGGAACAAGCAUUUCGAAUCGGCCGAUGAAUAUCGAUGAAUCAAUUGAGCUUUGUUGCUUUGGCAAGAAAGCUAAUCUGCUUUACCACUUAUUUUCUACCAAUGGUGUUUUAUUCAUGUUGAUUUAGUGGAUAUAAAGCAAGGUCGGAGACAUCAUCUUUGCUUGUUUCAAUGCUCCCCUUGAGAUUGUAAAUUUCUUGGAUACAGAUCU